AUGAAGUUCCAUCUCUUCGCGGCCACUCUAGCUUGGGCGACACAUGCUAUUGCUGUGCCCUCCAUGUCUAAAAAGCUGGAAAAGCGCUCUCCAUCGGGCUCUUUCAGUCUUGUUGCCUACGGUGUCGCUGAAUCAGGGGUCAAUGUCUUUUACUCUGAUGGGCUUGCAUAUGUUGGCGACGCUUCCAAGUGGGAGGGAUCAGUGACUACUGACAUUACCUUUAUCUUCACUGAUACCCGGCUAUAUGCUACUGCCACCAACAUGAAUGUCACCCUGGAUGAUGACACGACCUUCUAUAUCCGUCCCACUCCCAACCAGAUACUCACUGUUGGCUUCACUGGAAAUGGUAUCGAGACUCCCAGCGACGCAGUAGUUGAUGAUUUCCUUUUCUACGGCAGAUAUAUCAUGUGGCAAGAUGAGAGUGGUGUUCUGAGCGAUUCUUUCCGUGUCAAGGAGACAAAUGUCACCGAUAUCUACCAACUCUACUGGGAUACUUCGAACCUUUAUCCUUCUGGAUUUGUGUCGCCCGUUGUGAAGUCCUCUGUUUGA